UUAAAAAUCCAACAAAAAAUGGCUUUUUCACCAACUCUAACCCGUUCAUAUUCUGUCACGAAAAUGAGCGAACUUGAACGUCGACCAGCUCCCUCGUUAGCCCGCUCAUCCUCCCUCUAUGAUGUCAACAAAUAUGAGCGUUCUCUUGAACGUUUUACCCCUGCUCGUUCAUUCUUAGUUCACAAUGAUUCAACUCCUUUGUGGUCCCACACUUUCUAUAGAGACAUUGGAGAACAACCUCGUUAUUAUAGACCUUCCUAUUUGAUGGAUAAUCAUUGGUGGGAUAAAUAUUAUUAUUUCUCUCCUCUUUACAAAGGCACACAGCCAUAUAAACGACAUUAUGCUAGCCAUCACAUAACGUUCCCAUGCACUUGGAAUACACCACACGUUUAUUGGGGACGUUCUAAAGGCUAUUGGUAUGAUUCAGACGAUGAUUACUCCCCUCUCUAUCGUCGCUUAUAUGACCCUCAUACUGGAGACUCUCCUUAUCUUCAGCGCUUCUGGAAACGUUACAAUUCACAUUUGUUAUACAACGAUGUUUAUUAG